AUGGAUCACUCAAUUCAUCACUUAAACCCCCUCACUACGGCAUCAGUUAGAACCGAUCCCGACGCAAUAUGGAUAGGAUUGAAUUCGGAUACCUCCCUCAUCCCAGACGCCGCCAUAGCCUUCAAAGAUCUGCCAGACCCCUGCUGGAGCAUCGAGGACUUCUCCGACGCUGGUCACAUUCUGCCCAUCGACAGCGCUAGGGAUCCGGACUGGUACAGAGAAGACGAGCAAUGGGCCGCGUGGACCCCUACCUCUUCCCUGCUCAAACAGAGACCGUGGUACGAUCAACUCGAAACAGCGGUCCCCGUAGAGGAGAGAUUGGGUGGAUGGUCAAUGGCAGAGCACCAACGACAGAUCUGCGCGACCGAUUUGACACGAACUCAGAGCUGCAUACGCUUCAUUGUCGAAUUUGACGACCGCUUCCCCCCCCGAGCGAAAGUUCCACCCUUCUUCCCACUGGAUCGCCUUGCCAAGGUCUAUCCAACCCGGAAAAUGGUCCAGAUUAGCGCAGCAAAAGCGAAGCGCUCAGUCUUACAUGCGCUAGCGUUUCUGUCAUGGUGGACCAUGGUGAUCAUUAGUUGGGAAGAGAACUUAGCAGACGGUGCGGUGAGUAUCAUCACCUACCUUCUCUCCACUGUCAAGGGAAAGAGAGGCAUCAUUUGUGACCUAGAAAGGGACUGGCCAACCAUCAACAUUCCGCUCUACAUCCAGAACAAUAUCCCCGUCUUCUAUCUAUGGAACUUCGAGGCAAGAGUCGACAAUCGCUUCAGCCGCCUGAACCCUGCCCUCAAUCUGACCUACUGGGCAGUCAGGCAAGGGACUGCGCUAACGCUCUCCGCUGACAUCGAAGAGGAGGAUCUCAACAAGAUUGCGCGGCAAGCCCUCAGGCUCGAUCACUUCUUCCAGGAAGCCUUCACUUACCGCUCAUUGGACGACUUUCGAAUUUCCCCCACCUACUCCUUCUUCAUCAUAGAUUUCGAAGGAUGGAAGCGUAGGCCAAUUCCAUACGACGAAAACACCAUCACCUCUCUCCUCAAGUUCUAUUACUACAACGUGUUCGACGAAGAUGGUAACAACGACCAUAGAACCGUGGUAUUCUGGAGAUGGCAUAAACGCGAACCCAGGGACGACUAUCUCAAGCGCCAGUACAAAGUUGGCCUAUCCGGUGAGGAACAGGCCGGGACGAUUCGAGAGAUUCACAAGUUCAGCUACGGUCCCAAGCCAAGCAUCUCGUAUGAUAUUGAGACUGGCCUUAUCACAAGGAAGAAGACGCCAUCACAGAAUACAACCUCCCUGUUACUGCGGAUGAACAUGGAUGAGACUGGAACUAACAGAUCGCUACAAGGACGUCUAUCGGACAACGCGCAAUCCGAAAUGUCCAUCGAUUCAGGAAGCGACUCCUCGGAAGAAGAUGCCACCAGAUUCCCAGAGGUGCCCGACAUUCUAUAUCACCCACGAGCAGUUAAUAGCCCCGCAGCCUGGAUUCGUCGCAACGAAGAACUCCUAACAAGUGCUCGCCGCCACACUGCCGAGCUCCGUACAGCUCGUGGAGACAACACCACGCCGCUUUGCCGCUCCCAAUCCCCAAUUCGCCUAUCCGACCCCUACUUUUCACCCCACGAGAGUCCUGAAGUUAUGUUUAGGCGCCUGCUGAAGGAUGAGUCCGCGAAAAUCACCUACACCGCGAGCACCUGGUGCGCACCGCACUACGCAUGGAACUCGGACUUCCUCGAAGCAGCUUUCAUCUUCGUCCCGGACAUCGAAAGCGAGGCUCGUAUGCGAUACUGGGCGAACUGUUGGGACACGACAGCGACGAUCCAAAGGCUCCUCACGACGGCAGUGGAGCAUGGCCUACGAUUUUACCUUGCCUUGCCACCAGACCGUGUCAGGCAAUUCCGACCACUAGUUGUUGACAGUCUCGAUAGGAAUUCAGCGUCGUUCUUGUACAGCACAGGUUUUCAGGAGCAAACGUUAUCACCCAUGGACAACGGCGCCACCUUUUGCUCAACUUACCUAGCCAAAAUGAACGACAUUCUGAGACGUCCACACGCCCGCGCAUUCAUAGCUGAAGGAGGGCAAAUCAGCUGGAUAGCCCGACACUGGGCUGGUACUAGACUUAUGGAAGAAUUCAUGUCCGGUCCAUCAAUCCAAGUCACUAUCCACAGCCGGGGCUUUUACGACUCCGCUUCCGAAAACGCAUCCUACUUAGCGCAUGACAUCGUGUCAGAACAGGAGAAGGACCUUCUGCUUGGCUAUUGCCUGGGGUCCAACGGCUGCCUAGGACGAUGGCUCUUUCCACCAGCGGAUAUCUUUGACGACAACUUCGAACUUUGGACAGGAGAAUGGAACUCGGCCCUUGACCACAUCUACGGACGACUAGCGGAGGACAUAGCUCGAGGCCGCGCGAAAUUACGAACAAGGGAGAAGUGGAAGUGCUGGAUUAGAAACAACGUGCGAGGACAACGCCGCCCUAGCUAUCUCCCUUCACGAUCCGAUUUCAACGAUGUUAUGGAAGGAAUCACCCGCACGGGCCUGGAGCCGACUUGGCACAAGAAACAAAUCGAUGACAUUGUAUUCCCUGAACGACGAAUGGAUUAA